CCGUUGGCAGCACCUAUCUUUCCAUCAAGGCAUCACCCAAUCCGCUCCACAGCCCCCGGAGCCAAACACAUCAACACGCCCCCCUGUCUUCUUCUUCCCUGCUCAAAUCCUCCAUACACCAUGGGCUCCCUGAGAAGCAGCGGCAGCGGCGCGGCAGUGCCCGUAGAGAGUGUUGACCCCGAGGCGGCUUGCGCACUGCUGGCCUCGGGGCAGUACGGGUACGUGGACGUGCGCAUGUGGGAGGACUUCGACAAGGGCCAUGUCGCCGGCGCGCGCAACGUACCAUACUACCUCUCCGUCACCCCUCACGGCAAGGAGCACAACCCUCACUUCGUCGACCAGGUCGCCGCGCUCCACGCCAAGGAGGACCGGUUCCUCGUUGGCUGCCGCUCCGGGAUCCGGUCAAGGCUCGCCACCGCAGACCUCGUCGCCGCCGGAUUCACGAAUGUGAAGAACCUGGAGGGUGGCUACCUCUCCUUGCUCAAGAGCGCAAGCUACCCGCAGCCGGCAGCCAGCCACCACUGAUCCAUCAAUUCCGUAUCUAGAAUAAGUACUACUCUCUCUGUAAACUAAUAUAAGAGUGUUUAGAACACUAAAAUAGUGAUCUAAACGCUCUUAUAUUAGUUUACGGAGGGAGUACUAUGUAGUAUUAUCCAACAUCUUAUGAGUUAUGAAGAAUAAGAGGAAGAAGCGUGUUCAGAACUGAGGAAUUAAUUUCCAUGGAAAAAGAAGGCACUAUGCAUGUAUAUGCAUCCUGAGUUUUUGGCAUGGACUUUGUUCCAACCAAAAGUGCUACUAGCUGAAUACUGAUUUCCCCUUUUAUGAUUGUAGCUUGCAAAAGGAACCUAAGAAAAUGUAUUUUUCUUCAGGUCGCCCCAUGCGUAACA